AUGGCUACUCAAGACGAGAAUUACGUGAUUGUCGAAGACCACAUCAUACCUCAAGGAAUACUUCUCGCUGUCCUGGCCCCGCUAUUCUUGAUCCUCAACUUUCCACCGUUGAUAUGGCAUCUCCGCAAUCGCAAUACAGCCGCUGUCUUUAUGGUCUUCUGGAUCAUGCUGAUGAACUUCAUCAGCAUCAUCAAUGUCAUCAUAUGGCCGUACAUCGACAUGCGCCACAUGUAUGAUGGGCAAGGUCUCUGCGAUGUCGAGGUCAAGCUGUUGGGAGGUCGUAUCACAGGACUCAAUGCUGCAGUUUUGUGUCUUCUGCGAGCUCUUGCUGCCGUGCUGAAUACAGACAAAACUUUGCUCGGGCCUUCUAAAGCGCAGAAGAGGAGAAAUACAGCUAUUGAACUUGCCUGGUGUGUUGGUCUGCCGCUUCUGACUAUGGUCCUCCAGUACAUCGUACAAUUGAACCGCUUUGGACUGAUUGGAGUGUCUGGUUGUCAAUUGAUGGCCUACAGCAGUCGAAUAAGUUUCGUGCUCAUCUGGCUCGCUCCAAUCAUCACCAACGCAGUAGCCGUAUACUACGCAACCCUCGUCAUCAUACGCCUCCACAAAUACCGCUCCUCCUUCAACAACAUCCUCUCCAGCAACAAAACAACGCGCAGCCGCUUCUUUCGCCUCUUCGCCAUUUCUUCUAUUCUCAUCCUCGGCAUCACACCCGUUCAAAUCUAUAUCAUCGUCACGCAAUACCCACACCAAAAUCUCCCCUUCAAUUUUUCGAGACUGCACAACCCGGCCACUUGGAAUUCGUCGAUUGUCAUGCCGUCGACAGUUCUUUAUGACAGAUGGGCUAAUCUCGCUUGUGGCUUCUUGGUGUUUUUGUUCUUUGGCUUGGGGAGGGAUGCUAAGAAUAUGUACAGAGAGUGGUUGGUGAAAAUGGGGUUGGGAAGGUUGUUUCCAGUCUUGGUGGCGCCUGAGGGGAGGGGGUCUUCGCCGAGAGGAGCGGUAUCGACGAAUGGUAGUAAGAUGCCUUUGAGGAGGGAUGGCUCGUGGAAUAAGACGGAGAGGUAA